AUGCUGAGGGUCCGCGAACGUGAGCUCAUGCUGGGGCUGGCCGUAGCUGCAACGGCGAUGGUGGCAGCUUGGUUGAUGGGCUGGUGGAGUCCCCGCUCUGGCUGCCGCCUUUUCAUACCCGAGGAGCUGGCCCGCUAUCGCGGCGGCCCAGGGGACCCGGGCCUUUAUUUGGCGUUGCUGGGCCGUGUCUACGAUGUGUCCUCUGGCCGGAGACACUACGAACCUGGGGCCCACUAUAGCGGCUUCGCAGGCCGAGACGCGUCCAGAGCAUUCGUGACUGGGGACUGCUCUGAAGCAGGCCUUGUGGAUGAUGUAUCUGACCUGUCCUUUUCUGAUUUGCUGACUCUUCAGAACUGGCUUUCAUUUUAUGAGAAGAAUUAUGAAUUCGUUGGAAAGGUGAUAGGAAGGUUCUAUGGAGAGGAUGGGCUACCCACCCCAGCACUGACCCUGGUAGAAGCCAUGAUCAUUAAAGGCUUGGAGGCAAGUGAACAGGAAAUGAAAGAGAAGCAGAAGUUUCCGCCGUGCAAUGCUGAGUGGAGCUCAACUAGGGGCACCCGGUUCUGGUGUUCCCAAAAGAGUGGCGGUGUGAGCAGAGACUGGAUUGGCGUCCCCAGGAAACUGUAUAAGCCAGGUGCCAAGGAGCCCCAGUGCGUGUGUGUGAGAACAACUGGCCCCCCUAGUGACCAGAUGCCGCACAAUCCUAUGCACAGAAAUCACGGGGACUUGGACCACCCCAACUUGGAGGAAUACAUAGGCUGCCCACCCCUAGCCACCACUUGCUCCUUCCCACUCUAA